CCGCCCUACGGCGGCACGCCCCCACCCUGCCUCCCGCCACUUCCGGGAGCGCCACAUAAGUCUCGGGGCUCAAAGGCCGCCGUUACAGCUAACUGUCCGGGAAAAGCAAAGUCAGUGGGGUUGCAGACCCUGGGACAGGUCGUGCUGAUACCUCUGCUGGAGCAGGUUAGCAAUGGUCCGUAGUGGAAAAAAUGGUGGGCUCCAUCUGAAGCAGAUUGCAUACUACAAGCGAACAGGAGAGUAUCAUCCAACAACAUUAUCAAGUGAAAGAAGUGGAAUCAGGAGAGCAGCAAAAAAAUUUGUUUUCAAAGAAAAUAAAUUGUUCUAUAUUGGAAAAGACAGAAAACAAAUGCGUCUGGUAAUUGUUUCGGAUGAAGAGAAGAAAAAGGUGCUUGAGAGAUGCCACGAAAAUGCUGCUGGCACUCAUCAUGGCAUAUCAAGGACACUGACUUUAGUGGAAUCUAGUUACUACUGGACCUCUGUAACAAACGAUGUCAAACAGUGGGUGUAUGCUUGCCAGCAUUGCCAAGUGGCAAAGAAUACAACCACCACAGCACCCAAAACAUACACUGUCAAAGCAGAGGAGCCAUGGACAGCAGUCGCUAUACAACUAAUGGGACCUUUUAGUGUUACCAACAGAAGCCACAAGUACAUCAUAAUUAUGAUAGAUUUGUUUACAAGGUGGGCUGUUAUCUUGCCACUGCAUGACACUUCAGCAGCUGAAAUUGCUAAAGCAAUUGUAAAGGUGUUUUUCUUAUAUGGGCCACCUCAAAAGAUGCCUAUUGGUCAAGGGAAGGAGCUUGUUAAUCAGAUUAAUGAAGAAGUGUUUGCACUGUUUGGAAUGAAACAAAUUGUAUUGUCUUAUCCUCAGACAGAUGAUGUAAAUGUAAGAACAUGCAAGACAAUAAAAUCUUUCCUUAACAAAUACUGCGCUGACCAUCAACGUGAUUGGGAUGAACAUUUGUCUGCUAUUGCCUAUGCUUUCAAUUUGACAAAUUUGGAGCCAGAUCAAAACACCCCAUAUUUCCAAAUGUUUAAUCGUAACCCACAUGUUCUUGAGCCAAUGAAUAUAUGUGUGGAAGGAGAAUGCAGUAUGUUUGCAGAAAUAUUUGAAGCAACUAAAAAAGUCAGUGAAGCAAUGGAAGAAGAGAAAACCUCAGAUAGCCAGGUGGAGAAAAGCAUUUCAGAUGAACAAAAAAUCGGAAGCAAAAUCACUGUCAAAAGGAAGCCAAAGCAGUUAAAUACCCUCCGACUAAAAGUUGGUCAUGAAGUCCUCAGGCAAAGAAAAAACUGGUGGAGAGAUGGUCGUUUCCAGUCAGAAUGGGUUGGUCCUUGUAUUAUAGAUUAUAUCACAGAUAAUGGCUGUGCAAUAUUAAGAGAUGCCACAGGAUCAAGGUUGAAAAGACCCAUUAAGAUAUCUCACCUCAAGCCGUACAUAAGAGGGUCCAGUGAAAAAGACAAACAUUAUUUUUUACAACGUGCAGUAAUUGCUGACCAUGACUAUAUUGGCUUAUCUGGAAGAUCCUACAGUCCAAGCCAACAAGACUCUAUUGCUGAAGGGGAAAUAAAUGCUUACACAAAAGAUGUCAUGUCUGCUGUGCAAAUGCCACCCGCAGCCUGCAAAGAUCAAGAAUCAACACAUGGUAAACAUCAGUGUAGGCUGGCAGAAGAUGAUUGCAUUGAAUCAAACACUGCAGAGCCAGCCCAAUGGCCUUCACCUUGUUGGACACUUCAGACCAAGAUAGAGGAUACUUAAGCAUAGUCUCAUGUCACAUUUAAUUGCCAGUUUGAAGCUUCUGUGGCAGACUGAAAAAAAUGUAGUAUCUCCAAAUUCCAUGUUACAGCUUUAUGAAUAUAAGAGUACUGCAUGUGUCCACUGAUUAAUUUGUAUGGACAUUAAGAAGCAAUGGCUCUGUUACCAAAAACAUAGGUACAACCUAGUAAAAGCACAUGUUCUACUACAGUAUGACUUGACGAACAUUGUAGGUGUCUAGUGGUUAGUUUAUGUGGGUAGUAAGAAGAACUCCCUGGGUGACCAAAAGUACAGGCACAACCAGGUAAAAGCACAGGUUCUUAUAAUGCAUUUGAAUUUCAGGUUUUUUUGGUAGAAUGGCAGUGUGGCUGUACCUUACUGUUAUCCUCUCGGGACACAAUGCAUCAUUUCACUGUAAUGACCUUUUCAUUAAUCCUUAGAUGACUCAUUCCUAAUGGGCAGAGACACUGUGGGAUGAAUAUAUUCUAAGCACCUUGAUGUAAAUUUUGCUUCUACUAUAAAGAAGCUCAUGUCCUCCUUUUCUGUUAUAAACCGGUCUCUUAUUCUUUCUGAGAAGCUGUAAAAAGUAUGAAUUUUACAGCUUUUAAUUUCUAGCCUAGCAGAAAAGUUGCCAAAAUCAAGCACAUACAACGUUCUGCACAUAAAACAAUGAAGCCUUCAGCUGCUCCCCACUUAUCAAAACUCUGCUAGAGUGAGCAAUUUUAAUUACAAUCUGAAGAGCAUGCAGCAUUCAUUUGUGCUUUUUUCAUGAACAGCUGUUUUCCCUUAAGUUUACGUUUUCCCAGAGCUAAUACAGGUUUGGAGAUUUCUACUGGCAGUGGCCUAAGAAAGAUGAAGCACUGGCGUUACUAUUCUGUGAAUUUCUUGAGCAAGUUGUUACUUGUCUGGUGUGAAGAGGAAGAAAACUAGCAGAAAACUGAAUUUAGAAAUUCAGCAACUUCUAUCUGAUACUGUGGAAGAUUGCUUGUCUUUCUCUGAAUGUGUAUGUUCCCACUCUGCUGCUGAAUGUCCUGUGUCUUAAAAAACAGGUUGAGAAAAAUAUUAUUUAUUAUGAGUUUUCAGUUAAUCUUGGGUAACAAGACGAUCUGCAAUGCUCAUUUAACUACAUACCUAAUGUACAGUAUGCCUUAGACGUCACAGGCCACAGCUGUGUAAGAAAAGAGCUGAGCACUGUGACAGGAUCCUAUCUUAAAAUUUAAAUGAAAAUUUAAAUGAAAGAAUACUUAAUACUCAGUAUUUUGUGUAUUCUGAAAUCCAGUCCUACAUUUAUACUUUUUAUCCACCAAGAAAGGGCAUUUUAGAGGGCAGAUGCUGGCUUGACAAGCUUCUCCUUUGUGCCAGCUGCACAGAGCGCUUAGAGAUUAACAAGCUUUGUGUUGGCAUUGACAAACAUACACAAGCUGAGAAGCCUGUUUUUCUGUUAGCUGCUCUUAACUUCAAGCUGUGCUGUCCUCUGAAGACAGCUGACCUUUAUAUCAGUCUACUGCAGUCAAGGAAGUAAAGAAAGUGGGCUUGGUGAAAUACAUCUAUCUUGUUUAAAAAAAAUUAUAGGAAAUCCUGUUGAAUUUGUUACAGCAGAAAAUAAACACCAAACAAACCAAACACCACAUGUAAAUGUGACAUAACCCAUAACUAUGAACAGUUGCCUUACUUUGAUUUAAGAUUUUUCCCCAGUAAUGAGCACUGUGGUCAAAUAGUAUUUUUUCCCUGGAAUAGCAGUUUAAAGACCAUCUGUUUGGGUACUCUCUGCCAUGGGCACUGAACGGUACAUGUCAUAGUGACAUGGCACCCUAAAUUGUUCCUAUGCUAAUGCUUAACAGAGGCCCAGUUUCUUUAAAACAACCCUUCUUCCUCUGUAUGUAACUUUGUUUCUUCCACUAAAAUUAUUGACUAAAGUGGCAUCUACUAGAAUGGGUUUGUAUAUUCUGUACCUUGUGUCUGUGUAUUCAAUAUAUAUAUAAAUGUUAGCAUGGGAGAUAAAAUCAGAACAUAAGGAAGAUCUCUGCAAGAUUCCUCUCUGCUUUGUUAGGUGCAAAAUUAAAACAGUCCUUUUUAUUUA